AUGGCUCUCUUGACAGACCUUCCCAAUGAGCUGCUUCACGAAAUAAUGGUUAUCGCUUCCAAAGACGGCUUUCACCACAAGCGUCUUAAGAAUUUUGCUCUUGUAAACAAGCAACUUCGAACAGUCGCCUUCCCUCUGCUCGUUCGUUUGUGGAAUAAUUACUAUGGUAAACCCAAACUUGGUUUACUGGCUUUACAUCUUUUACGAUACCCUCAGCAUAGAUCUCAACUUAGGACGCUGAUUUUUCAGAACUAUUAUGCCGACAAGGGUUCUCAGUCUCCCAGUGGCUAUCGCGCUACCUUUUACCAGACAUUGCCACAUCGACCAGAAAUCUUGAACGAGCUGGCAGAAGAAGCCAAAAGAACUCUACCGGAUCUUGCAGAGUCUAGCGAGGGUUGGAUCGAUCGUAUUAGGCAGGGUCAGGUAGGCGCCAUUUUGGCGCUGAUCCUUGCUUGGGCGACAAGCUUGACCACUGUAUAUCUUUAUUUUCGAGGGAUCUACGAGUCUGCCGACAAGGAUUUGGUAGGCCGCUGUUUAUCACGUCAAACCCGGGUCAGAUUCGUCUCAUGCUGUAUUGGAUAUUUUCUUCCACUGCCUCGAAAUAUGGAGUCAUUCGCGCCAGGCACUUUCGUCUCCAUACUACCAGGGUCUCUGGAAACUUGUCAUUUAGACUGGCAGAUGCGUCAUGCCAUAUCACAACAUCUGGAGGCACGCCCGGACAGCAGGUAUAACAGGGGUCAGGCCCACUCAUGCAUCAUGAAAGCCAUUUAUAUGUUACUACAGGAAGCUGGACCGGGACGCAAGUUCAGCAAGCUGCGCAACAUCGACUUCAGCUUGCUCGGUAUCAACGUCUGGUCGAAGCCAACGUUGGACAAGGCUGUUGAAGAGUUGAACAAGGUUGUUGAACUCGCAAAGUCUAGAGGCGUUGAACUUGAUUACUAUGACUACACCGACAAGGAGUACCGUACUACAGCUGUCUGUGUAUCGACCUGUGAUACAUAA